UUUUCCGAAAAUCUUUGUGCUUGCUGGUAAUGAUACAUCAUUCUCUUGAAAAUUUCCGCGCCCGAUAGUGCCUGGCGUUCGAUUUUAAUUUUUUCCCCCGAGAAUUAAUGUGCUUAGUGGCGCGAUAGGUGCACAUCAAAUUUAAACUUAUCACUUUUACCUGAAACGUCCCUGAAUUUGCUGUAGAUAUUUUGUAAGUUCUGUGCGGCGCCUGAUUUGCGCGAGUUUUCUUCGCGAGGACAGAAUCGGGAAACUAUGCAAUGGUGGAAACUGGAAGUGGAGUUCGCGUGUUAUUUUGAAGUUUUCAACAGAUGAAUCUCCAUCCUUAACGCGCAGGAUUUUGCAUCAACGGAGGGAAAGACAAUGUGCUGUUUUGUGAUGAGAACCAUUUUAAAAACUAAAGAUUGGUGAAUGAGCAUAACGUGAAACAUGUUCAUACAUUAAGCAACCUAUUCACGAAGUUUCUUCCCGCGAUGAUAACGUAAUCGUUGGUGAACAUUCGGCGGAGGAAAGCGACGGUAUUUAAAACCUGGCACUUCAUUUUCGAACUCCUAAAGCACGGAAAAAACCCAGCUUUGAAGAACAAUUUACGAUGCAACAAAAAAUCAACCUCUCUUGAGGCAAACGUUCGUUUUUUAAGCGAGAGACAGGUUCAAAAUGAAAAAGCGCGGAAUGUUCGAGUAUUAGAAGUGUCUGCGUUUGAAAUCCGACGAUUAAAAUUGUUCCUUGGAAAUCCACCGAUUUCAAAAGUGCCGGAUUUCUGCAGAAUUUUCGAAAAUAGUAGGCAGGGCCUCGAUUUUGACGCGUGCGACGGGUGAUUUCCAGCUUUACUCGAGGAGAAAAAAAGUGAAAAGAAGAGGUGAUCGACCCGAGGAUAAAAUGCGCAGCUCUCGAGAAGCAUUGAGCAUAAAUUGAAAAAAGAAAAAAAAGGAGCGUUAUCUACCAACGACUUCAAUUGUUCUUAUCGAGCGGUCAAUACAAGUCGCAUGAAUGACGAAGUUAGCAUACAAACGAAGAGCAGAAAAGGCCCUGAACAUGGAAAACUGCUACUACUACCCGUGCCCGCUGACGGACGGGAUCUCGCAAUCGAUCGAGGCGUCGAGCAAGUCGCAGGUGUUCGAGGAGUGGACGGCCGGCACCUCCCGGAACACGGUCCUCAAGUUCCGCCGGAGCGCCCUCUCCAAGCCGCCCCCCGAGACCCCCGCCAACAUCCUCCACAUGACCUUCAAGACCCAGCAGGCCGAGACCAAGCUCCUCAUCGCCCUCCUCCACUCGCACGGCCUCCAGGAGGUCGCCCAGGAGAUCUCCGAGUUCAACCUCCUCUGGACCGGCGUCCACCUCAAGCCCCAGAUCCUCCGCGCCAUGACCGUCCACCAGCGCGUCAACCACUUCCCCCGCUCCUACGAGCUCACCCGGAAGGACCGCCUCUACAAGAACAUCGAGAAGAUGCAACACGUCAAAGGUCUCAAGCACUUCAACUUCUUACCCUUGACCUUCGUCAUGCCUGAGGGCUUCCGCGACCUCACCACCUCCCACUACCGCCACCGCGGGCCCUGGAUCAUCAAACCCGUCGCCUCGUCCCGCGGUCGCGGCAUCCACAUCGUCAACUCGCCGGAGGACGUCCCGCUCGAAGAACCCGUCGUCGUCGCCAAGUACAUAGAGAACCCUCUCCUCAUAAACGGUCGCAAGUGCGACUUGCGGAUCUACGUGGCCGUCACCUCGUACGACCCUCUCAUGAUCUACAUGUACGAGGAGGGCUUCGUCCGCUUCGCGACGGUCAAGUACACCGUCGGCAGGAAGAACCUCUGGAACUCCUGCAUGCACCUGUGCAACUCGAGCAUCAACAAACACCACUCGGAUUACAUCCGCACCGACGAUCCCGAUGCCGAGGACGUGGGCAGCAAGUGGACUCUGAGCGCCCUCCUCCGUUUGCUGCGAUCCUCCAACGUGGAUACGGAGUCCUUGAUGCUGCAGAUCGAGGACAUCGUCAUCAAGUCCAUCCUGGCCACCGCUCACCCCAUCGUGGCCGCUUGCAAGCUCUUCGUCCCGCACUCGAACUGCUGCUUCGAGCUCUACGGUUUCGACAUCCUCGUCGAUUCCGAUCUGAAGCCCUGGCUCUUGGAGGUCAAUCUCUCGCCUUCUUUGGGGUGUGACUCCCCCCUCGAUACCAAGAUCAAGUCGGCCAUGCUGGCCGAUUUACUGACCCUUGUGGGUCUCCCGGCGGUCGACCCGAUGGUUAGCCGCCCGGCGACGAAGUAUCGCCCUUACAGUGCCUUCGUCUCGCGGAGGGAGAAGCUGGAGGACUCUUUGGCGCUGCCCCGGAUGAAGAAGAGCACGGCGAGUGCGACCGCUUUGAGCCCGGACGAAUCGCGGUUGAUCCGCAACGUCAGGGCGCAGUACGAGCGUCGCGGCGGGUUCAAUCGGAUCUUCCCGUCGGCGGACACCUGGAAGAGAUACUCCAUGUACCUGGAUCAGACGACAGGUAUCCCCAUCUCGGGGAACUCGAAUUUGAGCAGCGUCAUUCCGAUGACGCAUAAUUAUAAUUACUUCUUGCACCAGUACUUGUUCCCGGAUAUAGCGCUCCCGCUCUCGAGUAAGAGCUCCAAGCUGCGCCCGUACAGUCAGAUGAACAGCAUCUCCAGUCGGAGAGUCAAGAAGAAAGAGGCGCCCCCGAAGAUUAGCAAGACCUCGAAGCGCGCGUCGGAGGUGCUGAGCACGAUCUCCUUGAACGGGACCAGCAAGAAGUUGCCCACCUUACAGAUUGUAUAACCGAUCUCGCAUCGAAAAUGGAGCCUCCUCCUGUCUUUUCUUCGGUUCGGUGCUUCGGUAUAAAUAGGAAAUCGCAAUUAUUGUGUUCAAAACAACUGUGUUCAAAACUGCCUAGAUCUAUUUUGAUAAGUAUGAAAAUUUAGGUGCACUGG